CUCUAAAGCAAGUUUUUUUUUUGGCACAUUAUUGCAAUUUGACCCAGCUAGCAUAGAAAUACUUUGUUUGAGAAAGAGGUAGAGCCUAUAAAAGCUUAUCAUAGCUGUGGUAAAACCACUGUGGAGGAUUGUUGAGAAAGCUAAAGGUGAGGAGUAAUCUCUGGGUUAGAUCAAAUGCACUAAAGAGAGUCAAUUUUCUUUUGCAAUAUAUCUUCUGUAUUUGUACCUUUGAUAGUAGGGACUGCAUGAUUCUCUUCCAGUUCUAUUUCUUAUGUCUGCAGCCAAAGGAUGAAGAUGAGACGCCACAAGCUCUUUUUGACUCUGUGCAUGGCUGGUCUCUGCCUCAUCUCCUUCCUUCAUUUCUUGAAGGCCCUCUCCUAUGUCACAUUCCCCAGGGAGCUGGCAUCGCUUAGCCCCAACCUCGUCUCUAACUUAUUCUGGAACAAUGUACCGGUCACACCUCAGGCUAGCCCUGACUCUGGGGGUCCAGAAAUUCUCCGUACCCCAUUAUAUUCCCACUCACCACUGCUUCAGCCUCUCUCUCCAAGCAAAGCUGGUGAGGAGCUUCACAAAGCUGAGUUUGUGCUGCCUGAAGACACCACUGAAUACUUUGUACGCACCAAAGCUGGUGGUGUUUGCUUCAAGCCAGGGACUAAGAUAUUGGAAAAGCCACUAGCAGGACGUCCAGAGGAGAAGAUAGAGGGAGUUAUAUCGGGGCGCUCAGGCCGUAAACCUCUGAGUGCCAGUGGGACAAAACGACGUAAAUGGGUGGAGUGCAUGUGCCUGACAGGUUGGCACGGACCCAGCUGUGGUGUUCCCACUGUGGUUCAGUAUUCAAAUCUCCCCACAAAAGACCGCCUGACACCACGAGAGGUGCCCAGGAGAGUCAUUAAUGCCAUCAAUGUGAAUCAUGAAUUUGACCUCUUGGAUGUGCGUUUCCAUGAACUAGGCGAUGUGGUGGAUGCCUUUGUGGUUUGUGAAUCAAACUUCACAGCAUAUGGUGAACCACGCCCUCUCAAGUUCCGUGAGAUGUUACUCAAUGGCUCCUUUGAUUACAUCCGCCACAAGGUGCUCUAUGUCUUCCUGGAUCACUUCCCCCCUGGUGGCCGUCAGGAUGGCUGGAUUGCUGAUGAUUAUCUGCGUACUUUCCUAACUCGAGAUGGCAUCUCUCGCUUCCGCAAUUUGCGCCCUGAUGAUGUUUUCAUUAUUGACGAUGCGGAUGAAAUCCCAGCCCGUGAUGGUGUGCUUUUCCUCAAACUCUAUGAUGGUUGGACAGAGCCUUUUGCCUUCCACAUGCGCAAAUCUCUCUAUGGAUUUUUCUGGAAGCAGCCUGGCACUCUAGAAGUGGUUUCUGGUUGUACAGUUGGAAUGCUCCAGGCUGUUUAUGCCACUGAUGGAAUUCGCCUCCGUCGGAGAGAAUAUUAUACCAUGUCAGGCUUUCGGCAGUAUGAAAACAGCACAGGUCACAUCCUAGUACAGUGGUCACUGGGCAGUCCACUCCACUUUGCUGGCUGGCAUUGCUCUUGGUGUUUUACACCUGAAGGAAUUUAUUUUAAACUGGUUUCAGCUCAGAAUGGGGACUUUCCCCGUUGGGGUGACUAUGAGGACAAGCGAGACCUUAACUAUAUUCGGGAGUUAAUUCGGACUGGUGGGUGGUUUGAUGGUACCACCCAGGAGUAUCCACCUGCAGACCCCAAAGAACAAAUGUAUGCCCCCAAAUACCUUUUGAAGAAUUAUCAACGGUUUUGUUACUUGUUGGAAAAUCCCUAUCAGAAGGCAAAGGGAACAGGGUGAGGGGAGUGGGCUUGCAUGAGAAAACAGGAUCUUUUGGGAAAAAAGGGAAAGUCAGACUGUGUCUUUUGUUUCCCCCCCCCCUGCCCCAUUCUGCUGGGAUUUGUACAUUCUCUCUAACCUGUCAGUCCCAUUGCAGACAAGAGACUUAGGGUGUGUGUGUGUGUGGAAGGGACUCCUAGUUAGGUUAAUAACUAGGAACAUUCCUGUCCCCAGGAACUAGCUUUUUGUAGGAUUGAAGAAAAAUCUGAUGCAGGAAGCAUGGGAUCUGGGGAGCAUGCAGUGGAGGUGUGAGGGUAUGAGUCUGCCAAAGCCCCUACAGCCUUUGUAGUAUAGCUAAGGAUAACAUUCAAUUCCAUUUUUAAAACCCAGUUUCUCCUAAGUACUUUGGCAUCAAUGGCUGUUCUGCUUUCCUAAUAUAUGGCCACUUAGAGAGAUUUUGUCAGUGAAAAUGGACAUUGAGCUCAUCUAGGAAUUUUAUAUUUUGCCAUGUGAAUCUGUUAUAUGAGGAUAUAAAGAUGGGAGCACACACAAACUGGAAGCAUAGUAGCACCAAAGAAUUCUGCUUUCCAUCUCAUGAUUAUGGACAUUCAGGGAAACUUUACAAACUGGCAGGGUAUGAAGGUUGAAAAGCUGUCUGGUUUUGGAUAUAUAUUUGGAUAGCUAGCCUUUAAUAUAAGAAUAAGAUGACAGCACAACCUGAAGCCCAGAGAUUUGAAAAGAGUAUAGCUAUCACAGAUACACUUCCCUCUUCUUCAGCAACACAAUGUGAUGUUUACAUUUUCAACUAAAACAGGGUGUGUCUAAUGCUUCAGAGGAAAGGAGAGGUCAGCUCCAGUGCCCGUCUUUCUACUUCUGAAACAGAAGAAGUGCAAAGGUACUUGGCUCUAUGAUGCCAUCAUUUUGAGGACAAGGGAAUAUUGUUGCUAUACAAAUACCAAUCAUUUGGUUUGCAAAGGCAGAGACGGGAAAGGAGGGUGUCUUAUGGAAAUGAAAUGAGAAGCCAACAAUUAUAUUCUGAAUGCCAAGCAUUUCUAUGUUCCUUUUUUUUUGCAGCUUUCAAUGAAAUAUAUCAUUGCCGCCACCCCAUCACUUAUGUGUCUGUGGCCCUAAGAAAGGAUGAAAAACAAGUCAAGAUUUACAUUUUGCUAGCUGCUAGGAAAAUAUAUGAAGCAAUGAGGAAGAGUUCAACAAGAGUUUCUUUGUCAUAAUGUGUUAUUCUGUCACAUACCUCUUUCCUUGUUUGAUCCACCCAGCAUUUCACACUCUUUUCUGCCUUUACAAUAACUGAAGUCCCACCUUUCUAGAGACUGCAAGCCAUGUUGUAUGUGAUUUGUCUUUUGCACAUUUUGCCUGGGCAGUAUACUCUGCCAAUUCAUCCUCUUAACUUUCUUUAUGUGGUGAAUAUCUAAAUACAGAUUCUUCUCCAAUAGAUUUUUUUAGUUUGUGCUUCAAGCGUGGCUCCUUUACCUGCAAAAUAAUAUUCUGUUGCUUGACUGAAUUCAUCAACAGUUUAAAAAUAAAUUAUUUUAUGAUAAGUACAAAAGAGCCCUGAGCUUGCUUAAAAUCUGUCGUUAUCAAGAAGAGAGCUGUACUACUUUUUAUCUUGUGAUCAGCAUAAGGAUGGAGUCAAUAUUAUAUUAAACUUUCCCUCUCUAGAUGUUGUUACUUGCUCUAUCGUAAAAUUAAACUGAGCCAGAGAAGAUACACAUGCCUUAUAUUGUGAGAAAGAUUUGUCAUGUCAAAGGAGACCAGAGAAGAGUAUUUCAAGGGUCUUGUGGCUAUGCUAAAGCAAAUGUGUAGCAAUUGCAAAAGAACCACUAGUGAGGAACUGAAGGUAGUGAAACACAAGUUUUCUUAGUGUUUCUUAACUGCAGACGCAGGGAGUGUUUUGCCUUCAUCCUUGUGACGAAAUGAGAAUCUAGGCCACAACUCCAUUGCUCUCUAGUUCUAAUUAAACUUCAACCACCAGGAGGUCUAUCAUGUCUCAGUUAUAAAAAGUGACAGGAGUGGAUAUCCAACAUCAGAAAGAUUGCAAGUUGUCCACUUUAGUUUAGGGCCAAUUUCCAGUGCAGUGCUCUCUAAAUACGUUGGACGUCACAUUUGGAAAGCUGGGGAAGGCUAGUCUAGAGGCUAUAGUUUGUAGUGCUUAUAAUUCCAUUAAAAAGCAGUAAUUGGGAGAUGCUUCUUCAGUAUUGAUAGGAACAAAGCAAAUGGAGAAGGUCCUUCCAAACUACUGUAACAAGGGAAGACAUGAACUCAGUGAGACAUGAACUGGAAGCAUAUCUGACCAUUGGGUUCAAGUCAACUUUACUUAAAAAGACAAGAGAUGUUUUUCUAUACUAUUACUGUGGAGUUUCCUAGAAAAAUGCACCCUUCCCUUCAGCUCAGUCAACAUUGAUUUGUGAUACACAUAUAAUUUACCACCUACAUUUUGUAUGUGUGACUGUGAUUGACUUUUACAAUAAAUGCCCAUGAAUUCUUAAUUCACCCAUUAGCACAAAUUCUUGGCUCCACCUGUCAUCAAAAUGCAGCCAAAAUGUUUCUGAGUUCUUCUUUUAUCCUUCUACAAUUUUUUAACCAUCUUUUUCUUUCCCACCUCUCUUUUUCUCCCUUUAUUUUCUUUCCCUUCCACUGUUGUUUCCAAGGAACAGAUCCCAUUCUAAAUGGAUAAGUUAACACUAAAUUCCUCUGGGACGCUGAAAGGACUCUUUGUUCUGGUCUCCUCCUCCAAUUGCAUCAAAGUGAAACUUGAAACUGACCUCUAAUAGGAGAGAAAAGGAGAAUUUACAGUAAAAUCUUUGCUUUAAUAAUAGUAACAACAAACUUUUGCACAGGGUAGCCUGAAACAAUUCUAGUAUAUGAACCACCUAUUUAUUUAUUAUAUAGCUACUAGCAUUCAGUUUCAUAGAGCAGACUGUAAGGAACUUUGCACUAAUAACAAUCGUUUGAGCAUCUGUUGUGGGGGUAUGGGAGACUUAGUUUUGGGAAAUGGCUCUUCUCUUCCUUUUUUUCCCCUUCUCAGCCAUCAUGAAUAACUGGAGCUAAUAGGAUAAUGCCUCUUAGCGGUUGUUGAUCAAAAAUAUAUAUUUUCUUUACAGCCUUUACCCCACCCUAUUCUACUGUACUGUUCCAAACAAAUCUGUAGAUGAGUUUAAGCAUAAUUGCCACAGUCAAUGGCAGCCAUACUGAGUAGUUGAUAAGUGGUGCCUACUUUGCAGUCUGCUUUUGGACCUUAGCUUCUCAUUUGUAUAGUGUUCAGAGAACGCCUUACUCCUACGACAUUCUACGGUACUCCUUUUUCCAAACUUACAGCCUGAUCAAACCAGGCGAUAAUAUUCAUCCUAGGCUAUGCCUCUCUUUAAUUGCAAGUGGGGGAAUUCAUUGACCUUCUUUAUAAAACAUGAAUUUCUCUCAAUAUAGAGAAGCACAUAAGGAGAGAGAAGAUUUUUUAAAAAUCUUAUCAGCUUCUAUGAUGUGCUCAUUUGGUAUCUGCAGUUGGGAUGUGCUCUGUGUUGUAGUCCAUUUUCUGCAGCUUUUACCAUAGCAGAAGCCAGGAACUGUUCUAUUAUUUGCUUCUUAUAUGAACUAGGCUAAUCAUGGCUUUAAUUUAUUCUUAUCUUAUUAUCUUUUAAUCUCUUAUACAAUACAGGCAGCAACUUAGGAGACUUCUGGAGUUAUGCUACCGCCUUUGUCCAUUUGUUCUAAUUCUCUUUUUUUUUGUAAAUCUUCACUACAAUUCUGGCACAUCUUAUUUUAGCUUUCUACAACCUGCUCUUAGAAUGGAAGUCAAAUCAGCUUAAGCAAAGUCUAUGGUGGCUGAAUAUUAAUGCAAUUGCCAUCUCAAUAUCUAGGAAAAUACCAAGUUAAGAAAACCUUUUCUAGUUAAGUAAGAUAUCUGGCAUUAACUAAAGGAUUGUAUAUGCUCAUCAUUUGAUUCUCUGUGGGGUUCUUUUCUUACUUUCCCUCUUUCUCUUACUAUUUAUCUCCUUAUUAUCUUCCAAUAUCUGUAUUACAAAAACAGGAAGCUCAUUAUAUUUUCUUUAGCAGGCCUACUGUUCAAGGAGAUUCUGAAUCAUUCAUAAGUGUUGUAAUUUUUUAAAACUGCAGCCAAACAGACCUUGAAACUGAAUUGAUAUUGAUAGCGAUUCAUUGCUUGCUCCUGGCCAGUCACUAUGUUUUUCUCUUUUUUACCUCUAGUUUCAAAAGGGAUGGCUGUCUGACCUAUACUUACAUUCUGGCAUAGAUUUUAAAGGACAAGAAGAUAUUAUGUCUGAUAAGUCCAUUAAAAGCUACCUGCUCUAAUAAAGAAAGGGACUGCUCUCGCCUUCAUUUAUGUCUACUCCCAAGGUGCUUUUCCACCUUUGGAGAAACUUUAAAAGGGAAAAUAUGUUGCUGGUAAGUCUAGUUGUGUGGGUAUAGGAGGAAAUAGAGGCCUUAAUAG